AUGUCCACACCAGCACAAAAAGCCAAUCUUGCCCGGAUCAGAGAUAAUCAAAGAAGAUCCCGGGCCCGCAGGAGAGAAUAUCUCCAAGAAUUGGAGCAAAGACUUCGAGUGUACGAGCUUCAGGGUGUCGAGGCGUCUUCAGAGGUGCAACAUGCUGCGCGGAGGGUUGCCGAGGAGAAUAGGCAGCUUCGUGGUCUUCUCAACCGACAUGGAAUCGGCGAUGAUUACAUAUCUAACUACUUGAACUCUGGGACAGCGACACAAGCAGACCCAACAACAAUGUCUUCCUUCGCCUCCAACACGCCGAGCGAGAGCGUCCAAUCUCUUCAACAAGUCAUUGCUCCCAGAAGACCUACCACUCUUGAAACGGGCGUGUCUUACGUUAUCCCUCCACAGGAUAGCCGUGAACCAUCUAUUGCCAGUGGAUCUACAAGCAGUUCUUCUCUAUGGGAGCCUGGCCAGUCCAUUCAACCUGGUCCAGCAUAUGCUCACACCCAUAAUCGACCACUCCCCUCCAACGUUUCGACACCAGUGCCAAGACAUUCAAUUACUUCGUCGAUGCACCCCCAGCAAUACACUUCGCACAUGUUCUCUGACCCCCAAGUCUCACGGACCGAAGGUUAUCAUUCUAUCGCCGCACCAGGACCUUUGGUGGAUGAUCCUCGUCGGCAUAGCUAUUCUGUGGCACCCAUGCAAACAGAUGUCUCGUCAUCGUUGGGCUACACUUUGCCAAUGAAUACCUUUCAUCACCCGGUUGGACAGGAUGGCGGCCAUCCAGGGCCGUGUUGA